AUGCAUCGCGGAAGUGUGGUUUCGAGCUCUUCGGAUGCGCCGGUCAAUUACAACCCCGACUUCGAUUCGUCAGUGCGGAUCAUUGCGCAGAAACAGAAUCUUACACAUGCCAUCGAGGAGACGGAAGCAGUUGCCAGGAGCCUAGCAUGGUUCACUUCUGAACAAUCCCUAGCUCUAUGGGAUGCAGCUGAGUAUUUGCUUCAUCAUGAAGCAUCCGAGGAUGCCAGGAGAGGCGGAGCCAAACUGUUAGAGGCUAUUGCCUGUCGUCAAGAUUUGGCUCCCCCUGCACGACGCCUGAUAUUCGAUGCCAUCGUCUCUCCCAGCGAGAGUGACGUGAUCGCCGCCCGAGUCCAGUCGCUUAUAGCACUUUCGGACCACGGUCGGAAGCUAGAUUUCACAACCUCCUCCGUCCUGCCGAUCGUCUCGUCUUGGAUUGUUCCGCUCUACACGAACAUUGCAGCAAAUCGCGCAAAAAUGAAGAAGGGAAAGUCGCUCAAACCUAACGAGCUUGUCCAGGAUGAAGCGACGUUUGGUGACCUCUUUCAAUUCGCUGUAGAUCUCGUUACUCUUCAGCGCAGGUCUCCCACGACCGAGGAAAUUGAAAUCCUUCUUUCCGAGACGUUCGCAAUCUGCAGGAAGACCAGUGUUGCUAAUGAUAUCAAGAACUCACUGGCUAUCUUCGACGCCGUCAUCUCAUAUGCGUCUGUACCGGACGCAAGUUUCCUCCCGCUUUUGGAAGUUCUCUGCAGCAUUCAUGUCUCAGUCAGGCCCUUGUCAGGCCCGACCUCGAGGGCUGUUCGUAGCCUAGCGAAAUCGACAAAACAGGGGGAUAUGAUAGACACUCUUCAUCAAUUCUUGAGAGAGUCAUGCACAGAAGACCACCCGCGAAACUUGGUUGUUCACCGCGGAGCGCUAUACGCCUUUUCAGAUCUUGUGCGGGCAUACGGUCAAGCUGGUCUACCAGAAAUCUCUUUUGAUCGGCUCGUCGAUUCUCUCUCGGUAAUUGCAAAGAAAGAUGACGGUCGAGUCGAUGCCGAUAUCUUGGAUCUUUGCUUGACCAUACUGGAGAGCGACUACAACCGUGUUUCCCUUGCGUUUGACUGGACGGCUUUUGUUGAUCUUCUCUUACUUUGCUCCCGAAGAUUACAUGUUGAGCAUGAAGACUCAGUGGCUUCACCGACGAGUCCAUCUCAUUCUCAUGUCAAGUCCGCACACGACGAUAUCAAAUCCCACAUUCUCGCUAACGUGAUACGCAUUACUUCGAUGCUUGAGUCUCUGUGGGGGCAACUCAGCAAGGAGCAGAAGCAGCAAGCAAUCCGAUUCUUGGCCAGAAAUCAUGAAAACAUAGACUCUUCUCAGUCGGAACUCAUCAUUAACAUGAUGAGAGAAGAUACGCUGUGCCGGCCUUCACAAGGUAGCAGUUGGAUACAGCAUUGUCGUGAAACCAUCGAGCGUUUCAUUCAGCCGCGAACACAACCCUCCGACAUCCGUAUACUGGCCCUUGACACCUUGAAAGAGGCGCUCACCGGAAACGAGCGGCUACUUUUUACUGAGGCGAGCGGUUUGUUAGACCUUCUAAUUGCCGACCUAGCCAGCGAGCAUGACUUGCUUUUACUGGAAUCACUCGUAUCGUUUGUCGCCGAAGUCGCAGUGUAUGCGGAUGAUGAUAUGAGCUUCCAGCGUCUAGUAGAUGCAAUCGCUACACCCAUGAGAAGUGAUCCAGGGAGAGAUGAAUCAUCAGACGUUUCGACAACUCAUGCCCCCCGCCGAACAUCAACGAGUCCUUUGGAACUGAGUCUUGGCAAUGUCUGCGCAGUCGGACUUGUAAGAAUGAUGAUUCGUGCCUUGAGCAUGUCUGCAGCAAAAUCUGUCAUUCUGUUCGAGGCUUUGCUGCGAAUCGCACAAUCUUCAGAUCGACCUGCGGAUGCUCGUUUGACUGUACUUAAAUUGCUGUUUCGACUUCGAUGUGAUUCAGCUGGCGCAAUCGCAGUGGUCUCAACCUCGGAGCACGACUUCCUCAUGAAUGUUUUGGGCCGUAAUGUCGAAGUGGUUUCCCUCCUGCAUCAAGGUAGUGAGGUCCCCUCUAAAGAGCUCUCUAUGCAGGAAAACUUCAUCGUUUCAACCGGCGGCAAGUCCUUCGGUAAAGAGAACCCUGCAACUCAACUUUCCAAGUCAGGGCCUCGAGGCUCUAUCUCGGCCCGUCCAGCAAAAUUGACUCCUCCGGUGUGGACUUCUUCUCAGGUCCAAGUUCUUCCAGAACAGCCGUCAGAAGAGUCAAGUCAAUUUGUUUUUGCAUAUUCACAAAGUGGCGACUCGUCAUCAGCCGAGCCUCCGCUUGGCCAAGGUGUUCUCAAGGUCAACAUGUGGGUCGAAUGCAUAAUCUCAAUUCUUCAGCGAGAGACGGACUGGAAUGUCUACAGCUACGUGCUCACUCAUCUCGGCCCCCAGCUUAGCAACAGAGAAUACUUCAGCAGCUCAAUCCCUCAGAUUAAGCUUCUGCGCAGCAUUCUUUGUGACCAGGUGAAGAAUGAAAGCUUUCAUGAGCCACCUAUGCCCACUGGUUUGAAGAAGAGUGAUGUUGCUGCCUGUAUAUUUGAUACACUUUGUAUGCUGGUCAGCUACCAUGAGCACUUUGCUAAAAGCGAAGAGGAUGACCUAGUACGAGCUUUCAUGCUCGGAAUCGUCGGGUCGUGGGGUGCGACAUCACGUGGCUGCAUCCAGGCGCUUUCCCUCUGCUGCCACGAAAUUCCGUUGUCAGUGACGAAGUCUUUGAACAUCAUUCUGGACAAGAUGUCGAAGAUCAUUACCAUGUCAAACAUUGCCGUUCACAUCCUGGAGUUUCUAGCACUACUUGCGCGCCUACCGGAUGUUUAUGUGAAUCUUCGCGAAGAGGAGAUCCGUACUGUGUUUGGCAUAUGCAUACGCUUUUUGCAAACCUCAAGAGAGCAGGAACAGCGAUAUAAAGCAUCAGAAUCACCGGGUACACGAAAUGCGCAGCAGGCACCUCAGAAAGCCGGGGGACUUGCCAGAGACUCUACCUCGAUCGCAGGAGAGGCAGCGGAGGGUUCAUCGCAUGAUGCUAUGUCCAAAUACAUCAUGACCCUGACAUAUCACGUCAUGGUGUUUUGGUACCUGUCUCUGAAACUUCAAGAUCGCGCAAAACAUGUCAAUUGGAUCACGAGUAGGCUGAUCUUCCACGAUGAACACGGCAAGGAGGUGGUCGAGGAACAGAGUCAGGUCUUCAUUGAUCUCAUGCAGCGCGUGGCUUUCUCUGACUUGGGAGAGACCGUCCCAUAUGAGACUUUCCCACCAACCCCAGAAGAUGGGCCUGUGUCCAAGAGGUCAUGGGUUGUCGGCAUGAGUAUUGUCACUGUUGAGACAGCCGGCAUCUCCGGUCUGACGCAGCUUGCAAAGCGACAGGCCUCGGGCACGACGUAUUCUAUGUACCAGCAACGGACUGCGCCUGUUCUACCCCAUCAAGCCACGACUCUCGACUCUCAAAUGCGCCACGACCCCUCACGAUUAGCCAUCUUACCUAGUCACAUCAUGCUUCAACUAGCUGCCACUGCGUUCCCAACACCGACUGUGAUGCAGCCCAUUCCUGUACCCGAAGACGAUAUUACAAGGCGAGCCAUUGCCAAUUUUGAUCGCACUGACAUUGUCGAUGGUCACCGAAUUGGAAUCGUUUACCUGGACCGUGGACAGAGCAGGGAGGCCGAAAUUCUUGCGAAUACAGCUGGCUCGGCAGACUACGAGCAUUUCUUAUCUGGUCUUGGCACCAAAGUUUCUCUCAGAAAUGCUCAGUUCAACACACAAGGACUCUAUGCCGACACUGACGGCGAAGCCACUUACGCCUGGCGUGAUCGUGUGACAGAAAUAGUCUAUCAUGUUGCUACGAUGAUGCCAACGGACUUUGACCGUGACCCUCACUGCAUCAAUAAAAAGCGCAACAUCGGCAACAAUUUUGUCACCAUCGUUUUUAAUCGAUCCAACCUACCAUUCAAUUUUGACACCAUCCCAUCAGAGUUUAACUCCAUCAAUAUCGUGAUCACUCCCUGCAGCAAGAUUGCAUACGACGAGUCUGGAGCCCUUAUUGGAGAAUCAGAUCCCGAGAAGCUUUUCUACACCGUCAAGGUGAUGAGUAAGCCCGGAUACCCCGAUGUAUCACCCGCAGCGACUCCUAAAGUCAUAUCGGGUAAGAACCUUGCACCUUUCGUGCGGAUUCUGGCCCUGAAUGCAUCCGUCUUUUCUCUGGUCUGGAACAACAAAGGUGGCGAGCACGCGUCCUCAUGGCGUACACGUCUACGAGAGAUAAAAAAGGUUCGCGAGCGGGCCCUGGCGGCGCAGGCUCAGAAUGCUGAAACCGCCGAAGGUGCCUAUCCUGGUCAACGUCGGAACACAAAGCCGAAUAUCUUCUCCGAGGAUCUUUCGAACCGUCCUGCGCAAGUGCAGACUGACUUUGCUUCAGAAUGGAACGCAGCCUCCGGCACGAACAUUCUUCAAAAUCUCGACUUUUCUCGUUGGAGCCGUUGA